GUGACAGUUCUUCAUUCGCUGUUGUGACCAAUACAAAAGUAACAUGUUCACAAGUAUUAGAUGGUCUGACUGAUGCUGUUAAUGGAGUAAUUGUUUUGUCUCGUAACAAUAUAUCAUCAACUACUUAUUACUAUGGAACAAUUAGGGUCUAUUAUAAUGGAUGGGGUAACAUUUGUGAUGACUACUAUUAUAAUUCAGCUGAAGCUAAUGUCAUUUGUCAUCAGUUGGGAUACACUGGAGCUUCAAGCUACUCUAGAGCUGGUAGUGUCAGUUAUGGUACAGACUAUCUUUCUAUGAAAUGGGAUGAUGUUAACUGUGCCAGUAGCGGCUAUUUAUCCAUUGCUCAAUGUUCCUACUCUACUAUCAUUGACAGUGGUUGUGUUAACAGUAACAGUUAUGAUGCUACUGUAUACUGCUAUACUACUAGAAUCUGGAACAGUAGUCCAUUCCCUGGUAUGGUACGUCUUCAAGAUGGAACUUAUUCUAAUGAAGGACGUGUUGAAGUUUAUUGUAAUGGACAGUGGGGGACAAUAUGCAAUGAUGGGUUUGACUCUACUGAUGCCAACACUCUCUGCAAGCAACUGGGAUAUGAUGGUUAUAACAGCUUUGAUCACACCUCAAGUAAUACUUACUUAGGAGACAUCUCAUCUUCUUCCAGACAAACUGUUACUCAGUCCACUUGUUCUGGACUUACUUCAGACUCUGUAUCUAAUGGAGCAAUUAUUUUGUCUCGUAACAAUUUACCAUCACCUUCUUAUUAUUAUGGAACAAUUAGAGUGUAUUAUAAUGGAUGGGGUAACAUAUGUGAUGACUACUUCUAUGGUUAUACUGAAGCUAAUGUCAUUUGUCAUCAGUUGGGAUACACUGGAGCUUCAAGCUACUCUAGAGCUGGACAAACAAGCUAUGGUACAGACCAUCUUUCUAUGAAAUGGGAUGAUGUUAACUGUGCCAGUAGCAGCUAUUUAUCUAUUGCUCAAUGUACCUACUCUACUGUCAUUGACAGUGGUUGUGUUAACAGUAACAGUUAUGAUGCUACUGUAUACUGCUAUACAACUAGGAUCUGGAAUAGUAAUCCGUAUGAUGGUAUG